UCUGUUUCAGAAUUUGAGGCCUAAAAAGAAUACAAGUGACUCUAAGUAACAGGAUUCACUAAGUAUGCUCAGCUUUUUGAAGAAUGAAGACCCAGAAGAGGAAGAGCAUUGUGUCAUCAGCAACCACCGGGUCUCCCAGAGAGGACGUAAGCACUGGUCUUAUGUGGACUUCUCUAACAUGCUGGCCCCACCGAGUCCUGCUUUGCCAGUGACCUCCAGCUCUGUCUUCACUGAUCUUAGUGUGACCUCCUUGUCAGCUGUCACUGUGAGCCAACCUGCACCCCAACCCACAGACCUAAUCUUGAUAGAUCAUGUCUCCAGUCCCAGUGACCAAACCCAUGGCCAAGAUAGCUUCCAGAACAAAGCCAAGAAGCACCGUUCCCAUAGCUUCCUUAAGCACCUUGAAUCUCUAGGGCAAAAUGAAAAGGGUGGCAGUCGACAAGAAGAAUCCAAGUGUAGCCCAGCUACCUUGAAAAAGGCAACCAAAUCCUCUUCUUUCCCUAAUUGCCAUGGCUUCCUCUUAUCUGGGUUUUAUAAGGCCAAGAACUGGGCAGCCACUUCAACAGGCAAUGGCCCUGAGACUAGGAAAGUCUGGGGCACCUGGUCUGUGGCUACAUUCCAGCAUUCUCAGCAGGCAAACCAGAGUGGCUGUCUAGUGCAGGUACCCAGGGACCAUAAACCAGGCACAUUCCUUCUCUCUCUCUCCAUUGAGAGUAUAUGUCCUGAGGAGAGACCCUACCUAAGACAUUGGCAGCCAGGCAAGCACUGUGGCUAUGAAAGAUGCCAAGGCUCCUGUGACUCCAUAGGUAGCCAUACUAGCAUCUAUGACAACUUACCUGAGCUAUAUACUGCCAAACCUGCACUGUUGGGGAAUGAAGGUGAACAUGAAGAGACUGUGGUCAGCUACACUCACUUAGAUGACAUUCUCCAGCAUGUAUGGGGGCUUCAGCAAUAUGUACAGCUUUGGUCUCAGGCCAUGUGUCCAGAUCUGGGGUCUGGAGAUAAGGAAGAAAAAUAUGAGGAAGAAGAGGAAGCUACUUCAUCAACAAAAAUUAUCACAGUUGAAAUUGAAGGCCUAGAUGAGACUGUGGUCCAGGUGGGGGCUCUGGAUCACAGAGAAUCCUUUGUUCUGGAUCAGAACAUUGUGAAAGCAGUAGUCCUGGAUCAAUCCUCAGAUGAAGCUGAAUUUCAAGCACAGACAGAGCCUGGAUAUGGACCAGACCAGGAUAAAGAGCAGGAGGUGAUUUCAUGUGGGGAACCUACUUCUGCCUCCACCCUAUCUAUGGAAGAGGGACAUUCCAUUUCUGAUACUGUGGCUUCCUCAAGUGAACUGAACAGUAGUAGAAAUUCCAUUAAUGAGGCUGAGGCUACAGGGUCCCUGGCUGGCAUUCAGGCAUCAGUACCUCAUGAAUGGCGAGAUUCAGGCAUUGUGCCUUCACUUACCAGAUUCUGCAGAUAUGGGAAGUUCCAUUGGCAUAGUUUCCAAACUCAUCAUCCCAGCCUCAACUUGGAGUCUCUAGAGAUUAACCGGCAGUUUGCAGGACAGAUCCACCUCCUGCACAAGGGCUCUCUGGUACGGCUCGCUGCUUUCAUGGAGAAAUACACAGUUCCUCACAAACAGGACUGGGUCUGGUGAGUGCUCCUAAACAAAUUGCCCAAGUUCUUGAAGAGGCACAAGACCCCAGACUACAGUGGUCUACAUGUGUUUGGGGUUCCACCACUGAUCCAUGUGCAGCGCACAGGCCAACCUUUGCCUCAGAGCAUUCAACAAGCCAUGCAUUAUUUGCGUAGCCAGUGCCUUGACCAGGUGGGCAUUUUCUUAAAGUCUGGGGUGAAGUUGAGGAUCCAGAACUUAUGCCAAAUGAAUGAGACCUGCCCUGACCAUGUCUGCUAUGAGGGUCAGUCAGUCUAUGAUGUGACUGACCUACUAAAGCAGUAUUUCCGGGACCAGCCUGAGUCUAUUUUCACCAGCAAGCUCACCACCACUUUCCUGUAGAUCUAUCAGUUCUUUCCCAAGGAUCAACGGUUGGCAGCAGUGCAAGCUGCUACCUUGAUGCUCUCUGAGGAGAACCGAGAGGUGCUACAGACCUUGCUCUCUUUCCUAAGUGACAUUGCGUCGCAGAUGACAGCUAGAAACCUAGCAGUGUGCCUGGCACCAUCCAUAUUCCACCUCAGUGUUUCAAAAAAGGAUAGCUCCUCAGCCACGAUCAAGAACAAAUGAAGCCUGGUUGGCCAUCCAGAUCCCAGGGAUAUGAGUGAGAACAUGGCUGCUACUUAGGGUUUAUCACACAUGAUCAGUGACUGCAAAAAAACUUUUCCAGCCCUGUGUAUUCUCUCCCAGGUUCCCCAGGAUGUGGUGCUGUAACUUUGUGACUCCUAUAGUGCAGCUGAGCUUCAUCCUCCAGGGCUAUCCCUGGCUGAAUUGAGGCAGGCACAUGCUGCUGGAAUGAGCCUGAGCCUCUACAUGGAGGAGAGUAUCCAGGAACUCCUACAUGAUGCUUCUGAACACUUCAAGGGCUGGAUGAGCAUUCCAGGGCCCCAGAACACAGAGCUGGACUGUAGGAUGGCACUAGAUAGGCACCCCCUGCGUGUAUGGAAGGCAUCCACAGAGGUGGCAGCCCCCCCCCCAACUGUGGUACUACACCGUGUCCUAGGGGAGUGGGUCCUCUGGGAUGAGUACCUGCUGUGGACUCAGGUGCUGGAAGCCUUGAUACCAGGUGUGGAAUUGUACCACUAUGUCACUGAUAUCAUGGCACCCCAUCCCUGCCGUGACUUUAUGGUGCUCCAAAUGUGGUGUGCUGACCUGCCUCGUGGGGGUUGUCUGCUGGUUUUCCAGUCCCUGGAUCCUGAUCAACCUGUGCCAGAGACAGAGGUACGGGCCCUGAUGCUUAUUUCCCAUUACCUCAUGGAGCCUUGUGGCCUUGGUCACUCCAGAUUCACUCACAUCUGCCGUGCUGACCUCAGAGGCCUUUCUCCUGACUGGUACAACAAAGACUUUGGGCACCUGUGUGCCAUGGAAGUGGCAAAGAUCCGGGACUCAUUCCCCACCCUUCAGGCUGCUGACCCUGAGACAAAUCUGUGAGCCUUAGCUUGGUCCCAGG